AAUUGUUUUCCUCUUCCAUUUAUUUAUUUAUUUACACAUUUGCGAUAGAGAUCUGCGUGAAAUGCGAAAAUCGCAAGGGUUGUCGUUCAGCUCGGACAGGCGUCUUGGCCUGGACGCCUCGGAAACCUACUCAACAUCCAGCUCAUCGCUCAACAGCUCUUUCAGUGACGGCAGCGAUUUGGUUAACUGGGAGGAAUACGUGGCCGAAGACGGCAGUCUAUUCUAUGCUGAAUAUGUGCCCAAUCCCAAGCCAAAUCCAACUGAGCGACGCGGUGAGCCGCUGCGUCGCUCGCUGCGCCUGGGUAAGAAAACUACGCGGCGACAGCAGCAGAAUAGAGGCCAGCAGGGCAAGCACAAUGGCAACCACAGCAACAACAACAACAACAACAAUAACCAUCAUGGCAGCGGGGGGCAGCUGGCACAGGUAGAGGCAGAGAACGAGGCGAACAACGGGUUCCGAUUCGCAGACAUCAAGAAUUCACACGCAGACGCCGACAAUCAGAAGCAAUUGGAGCUGGUUAUAACGGCAACGGAUCGUUUCCGUUUUGGACGGCGCUCCACAGCCGUGGAGUCUAUACUCGGCUUUCGAGUGCUGCCCUUUCCCGACCAACCCGAGUGCCUAAUGGUGGACAGCUUCGUGCACGAUAUCAGCGCCAUGCAGCACAAUAUAAAGCGGGGCGAUUGGUUCAAGUCAUUGAAUGGCAUCGAGAUUUAUGCCAGCAAUGUGGAUGAGCUGCUGCAGCAGUUCCUGGAGCCCACACAGGUGUGCCUGGGCUUUCAAGGUGCUAGCAGCGCUGCUCCAGCUGCUGCAUCGGAUGACGCAGCGGCUCAGUGCAAUCAGAUUCCACAGAUGCGCAAGUUGACUAGCUUUGCCAUGUUCGCGGAGCAGUUCGAUCAGCUGCUGCCACCUGCCAUGACCGUGUCGGAAUCGCUGACGCCUUUUGGCCUGCUGCUGCUGCCACCUGAGUGCUAUCAGCAUGAUCAGUACAAGGAUUCGCUCUACUACUACCCGGAGUCGGCGCUGACGAACUUCCUGUACAAGGCACGCGGCAGCUUCCUCACGCUCUGCUCCGUGCUCAACGAGCUGCAGACGGAGCCGCUGACAUCCCGUCUGCUGGUCGACCAGGUGCCCUACCAUGUCAACUAUCGCCGCCUGAAUGGCUUCCUGGUGCUGUUCGCCUAUGCAGCCCAAUUGUACAGCGCCACUGAAUGCAGUCUGCGAUCGGAUGAGCUGAUCGGGUAUAUUCGCUUCUCGCUGCCGGGUCUGACGCUCGAGAACUUUUCCACGGCCAACGAUAGCUCGAACGGCCUGCGCCAGUUCCUGCGUCAUUUUUGUGGCAUUCAGCGAUCGCGCCUGCUGGCCAAUCCACGGGGCGAGCUGCACUUCGAACAGCUGCUGAAGCAGUCGAAGAGCCUGCCGCUGCCCAAGGAGGCGCAACUGCGCAUCUUCGACGCCCUCAGCGAAAUGGAGGCCAUGGACUAUCGCAACUGGAACGACGAGCCGUUGACCACGCAUCGGGAGUUCUUCAUCUAUGGCUGUGCUCUGUACUACGAUAGCUUCCUGCUGGCCAGCCUCCUGCCUGCCGAGGUGCGCUUCAAUGUAGAGCUCUUCCUGCGCUGUCGUGGCAUCUUCGACUUCAUUGCAGCCGCACCCAGUGUGCGCGUGCGGGAGCUAUACGUAUGGGAGGAGAUUGUGCUGGCUAAUGCGACGGGUCGCUACUUUCUGACCGUCUGCUCGCGCAGUCAUCUGAUCCUCACGGUCAUCCUUAAGAUGUAUGUGGACACGCCUGAAAUGGAGGCUUUCACUGCGGUGCCGCCUUCGCUGUUCUACAUUGAAGAGAUACAAGAGACUUUGGAUCAUUUGAUACAGUGCGGCAUCGAAUCGUUGGCCAAGUUCUGGUCCAUCUCGAACAAGCGACCCGAGGUGCUGGAUCAGCAGAAAAUCGAGCAAUCCGGCGUGGAGCAGGAAGCCACCAGCAAGCUGGAAUCAUUCCUCAAGCAGAAGACAUCCGUCUCACACUCCGGGUCUGCCGUCAACGAUGAGGAGGCGCAAUUGUGCUCAUCCCUGGGUGGCUCGUCCAUACACAGCCUAACGCCCAGCGAGGAUGAGAUGUCGCGACGUCGCUUAACACCCGCCGACGAUUCGGACAGCGGCUCCGACUGGGAAAAUUUUGCGGAGCAGCAUCCGCUGCACUACGGCCUUAAUCUGAAUGCGGAGAGCCAAAGCCAAAUAACCACAUCCCUGUGGAAGGAGAUCAGCAAUGUGCUGCCAGUGAAAAUAUCCGCCGGCUGGAAGAACUCCGUGCUGCACUACGUCUAUGUGGACCUCACCAAUGGCGUUCUCUUAUGCCCGUUCACAACGACUCCCGACACUGUUCCAUACCUGAGUGAGAUACGCCGAGCUUGUCACAUGAUUCACAUGGUGCUGGAUCGUUCCAAGCAACAUCGACGCCAGCUGCUGGAAUCGGCUAACAGAUCCGUUGGCAGUGAUAUAACCAUGGUUAAGGAGCAUGGCAUCACCUUGGAGGUAACCAAGGAUCAGUCCAGCAUGCGUUUCGUUGUGGUCGGACGCCUAUUCCAGUCGCCAGCAAAGGAAGUUUACGUCUGCCACUGUCCGGAGGUGCCACAAAAUAUGGUUGAAAUGGCCUUUCGGCUGUCCUUCUUCUCAAUGGGAUAGCUUAGAUAUGCAUACAUAUAAUA